AUGUUCGCGACCAAAUCUAUAAGCCUUCUCGGUCUCUUGGGUCUUGUCACCGGCGCGGCCGUACCCAACAACGAUGGCUUCCCUAUGCCAAACAAGGACCAACAGGUCACCCUAGCCAAGCAAGCUGGUGGCAAACUACCUAAUGUGGCUUUGCCCAAAAAGCUUGGCCCCGGGAGCACAACCGCUUUCCAGCUUAUUGCCUUUAAUGAGUUGUUCGAGACGGCCUACUUUGACUCCCUUCUUCAAAAUAUUACAAACGGUGUGCAAGGCUAUGAAGCCGACAACAAGGAGGAAUUGAUCAAGAUCUUUUCCACUGUGCGAGCUCAAGAGGAAUUGCACGCACUCGCAGCCCAGACUGCUCUUAUGGCAGCCAAUGCCUCCUUUGUUCCGUCGGCUUGCAAGUACAUGUUUCCGACGACCAACUUGACUCAAGCUGUCGACAUUGCCGAGACAUUCACUGCCGUUGUGCUCGGUGCGCUGCAGGGCGCGAAUGUCUUGUUCGCCAAAGAAAAUGUUCCCGUCCCGAUCCAGCUUAUAUCGUCCGUCAUUGGUCAGGAAGGCGAGCAGAAUGGCUACUAUCGCACCGUGUUGAAGGAAGUGCCUUCAGAGUCGCCAUUUCUAACCGCGGUGCCGGCCGCCUUUGCCUUUUCGGCCUUGCAAAUGUUCAUCGUCCCGGGAUCGUGCCCAUACCCCCUCUCCAACAUUGACCUGCCCAUCUUCCCGCCAAUGAUGGUAAACGGUCAGGCAGUGGCCGCGCUGGAGGCAAAGGACCAGAAACUUUCAUUUUCGGCAGACCUCGGCAAAUCUGAGCAGGCAAAGAAGUACGUCGGAGGCGAUGGGAAAGAUCUCUUCCUCACGUAUACUACCGGCCAGCAAAAGCCCAUUUCUCUGGAAAUCAGCAACGUCAAAUGGGAGAGUGGCAUGAUUAGCUUUGGUGCAGACUUUUCGGUUUCCGAGAAUGUCAUGAACGGCUUCAGUCAUGCUGCUUUGACUACUGGAAAUGUCUUCGAGUCGGCAGAUGAUGUCACUAAUUCCACACUCGCGGGUCCUGGUAUCAUUCAAGUGAGGGACGGUGUAACAGCAAGUAUGGAUAGCCGUGAGGUGGAGGCGUCGGAAUGCAGCUAA